AUGGAAAUCUCUCUAGAAAAUCAGCAACAGCAAGAAGUGGAACAGCGCAAUCAACAGCCGCAGCAGCAGCAGCAGCAGCUUGUUCAGCCUGUUCAAAUUCAGCAGACCACCAUGCAAUACCAACAAGAUGCUCCUUCAUUCAUACCAUUGGGUGAAGAAUCUAAGCCAUUAACCGCAGUUAACACUGGUUCCAAGGGGAUUGAAGCCUUAACGGAUACUCAACGUCAGCGUGUUGAGUAUCUUCAAAGGAUACCUUCGUACCAAGCCAUUAUACAACCAGAAUACAAGGAUCUUCAGAAGGCAAUGGGUAGUGUUUCCGUGCUUCCUAGCAGACCUUCUUCUUCUAAAGGUAAGUAUACUUUAAAGGAUUUCCAGAUGUUGAGAACUUUAGGUACAGGGUCCUUUGGCAGAGUACACCUUGUGAGAUCAGUUCAUAAUCACAGAUAUUAUGCCAUCAAGGUCCUUAAGAAGGCGCAAGUGAUUAAAAUGAAGCAGGUGGAGCACACAAAUGAUGAAAGAAGAAUGUUGAAGUUGGUGGAACAUCCAUUUUUAAUAAGAAUGUGGGGUACUUUCCAGGAUUCAAAUAAUCUCUUCAUGGUUAUGGAUUUCAUUGAAGGUGGCGAGUUGUUUUCCUUGUUAAGAAAGUCACAGCGUUUCCCCAACCCUGUGGCCAAAUUCUAUGCGGCAGAAGUCACUUUGGCCAUUGAAUACCUUCAUUCUCAUAAUAUAAUAUAUAGAGACUUGAAACCUGAGAAUAUUCUCUUGGAUAGAAAUGGACACAUUAAGGUGACAGAUUUCGGUUUUGCAAAAGAGGUGCAGACCGUCACAUGGACACUUUGUGGUACUCCUGAUUACAUUGCUCCGGAAGUUAUCACUACUAAGCCAUACAACAAGAGUGUCGAUUGGUGGUCUUUAGGUAUUCUUAUCUAUGAAAUGUUGGCUGGUUACACACCUUUCUAUGAUCAGACACCUAUGAGGACUUACGAGAAGAUUUUGGUUGGCAAGGUUUACUAUCCUUCUUAUUUCCAUCCAGAUGCCGUUGAUCUCUUGACCAAAUUGAUUACUUCUGAUUUGACUAGACGAUUGGGUAAUUUGCAAAAUGGUGCUGAUGAUAUCAGAAACCAUCCUUGGUUCAGUGAAGUUGUAUGGGAGAAGUUAUUGAUGAAGGAUAUUGAAACUCCUUAUGAACCUCCAAUUACCGCGGGUGUUGGUGAUACCUCCUUAUUCGACAGGUAUCCAGAGGAGCAGAUGGAUUACGGUGCUGAAGGCGAAGAUCCUUACGCCAAUCUUUUCACCGACUUCUGA